AUGGCCUCCAUCGACGACAAGCCUGCGCCUGUCGAGCACCACGAGACGAUGAAGGAUGAAGGCUUCCAUGACGCCGCCGAGCGCGGCCAUCUGGCUACCGACAGAUACGGCAACGCCCUCGUUACCUUCGAUCCCAAGGCCGAGGCCCGCUUGAGGUGGAAGCUUGACCUUUACAUCGUCCCAACCGUCGCGCUUCUAUACCUGUUCUGCUUCAUCGACCGCGCCAACAUCGGCAAUGCACGCCUGGCAGGUCUCGAGAAGGAUCUCGGCCUGGAGGGCUACGAUUACAACCGCCUGUUGACCAUUUUCUACAUCUCCUACAUCCUCUUCGAGAUCCCCUCCAACAUGUGCUGCAAGUGGGUCGGCCCCGGCUGGUUCAUUCCCAGCACCUCGCUCGGCUUUGGCAUCUGUUCCGUAUGCACUGCAUUUGUCGACGACAUCCACAGCGCCUCGGGCGUGCGUUUCUUGCUGGGCGUGUUUGAGGCUGGCAUGCUGCCGGGUAUAGCCUACUAUCUUUCUCGUUGGUAUCGUCGCAGCGAGCUGGCUUUUCGCCUGUCUCUGUACAUCGUAAUGGCUCCUCUCGCCGGUGCUUUCGGAGGCCUGUUGGCCUCUGCCAUUCUCAAGCUUGACCACUUCGGCGGCCUCCACCAAUGGCGCAUGAUCUUCGCCAUUGAAGGCAUCAUUACCAUCGGCCUGGCUUUGAUCUCCUUCGUCACUCUUACUGAUCGCCCACAGACGGCCCGAUGGCUCACUCAGGAGGAAAAGGACCUGGCCAUUGCCCGCGUCAAAUCAGAGCGCGUGGGUGCUACUGAGGUGCUCGAGAAAAUGGAUACCAAGAAGAUCCUUCGUGGUAUCUUCAGCCCCAUCACUCUGUCCACUUCUUUCAUCUUCCUCCUCAACAACAUCACCGUCCAAGGUCUGGCCUUCUUCCUACCCACAAUCGUCAAGACCAUCUAUCCAUUAGAUUCGGUCAUUUCUCAACAGUUGCACACCGUCCCACCUUAUAUUGUCGGCGCCUUCUUCACCGUUUUUUUCCCUUUCUUGAGCUGGCGCUUUGAUAAGCGCAACAUCUUCUUCAUCUGCUCUGCCCCCUUCAUGAUGGUCGGCUAUGUCAUGUUCCUGGCCACUUAUACCGCGAGGGUCCGCUACGGUGCCACCUUUCUCAUAGCCAGCGGUGCAUUCGCCUUUGGCGCUCUCUGCAAUGCUCAGGUCUCUGCCAACGUCGUUUCGGACACGGCCCGCUCUGCUGCCAUCGGCACGAACGUUAUGCUUGGAAACAUUGGUGGGCUGAUAAGCACUUGGAGCUUCCUCAAAACCGAUGCUCCGGACUAUCCUAUCGGAAACGGCCUCAAUCUCGCAACUUCAAGCACAAUUUUUAUCUUGUCCAUCAUCUUGUUGCUCUGGAUGGUUACGGAUAAUAAGAGAAGAGACCACCGUGAUGUCGAUUCCGAACUUGCUGGUAUGGAUCAAAGAACAAUCCAAGACUUGGACUGGCGUCAUCCGGCCUUUAGGUGGAGGCCAUAA